AUGGGAGAAGACAACCAAACCUCUAACCUGGAUUUCUUCCUCCUGGGAGAUAGUGGUCAUCAGGAACAAGAAACGUUCUUCUUCAUCCUCUUCCUGUUCAUUUAUCCCAUCAUAUUGAUUGGAAACCUGCUCAUCAUCUUGGCCAUUCGCUCUAACAUUCGCCUUCACAACCCCAUGUAUUUUCUCCUUGCCAAUCUCUCCUUAGUUGACAUCUUCUUCUCCUCUGUAACCAUUCCUAAGAUGCUGGUCAAUCAUCUCUUGGGCACCAAAGCCAUCUCCUUUGGAGGAUGCUUAACACAGAUGUAUUUUAUGAUUGGCAUGGCUAACACAGAUAGCUAUAUCUUGGCAGCAAUGGCAUGCGAUCGUGCUGUGGUCAUCAGCCGCCCACUUCAUUACACAACAAUUAUGAGCUCACGAUCUUGUGUCCUGCUAAUUCUUGGGUCUUGGGUGGUUGGAAGUGCCAACGCCCUCCCACACACUCUGCUGACAGCUAGUCUGUCCUUCUGUGGAAACCAGGAAGUGGCCAACUUCUACUGUGACAUUGCCUCUUUGCUCAAGCUGUCCUGUUCUGACAUCCACUUCAAUGUGAAGAUGAUGUACCUAGGAGUUGCUGUUUUCUCCAUGCCAUUACUAUGCAUCAUCAUCUCCUAUGUUCAGGUCUUUUCCACAGGCAAGGCCACUCAGGUCUGCAGGCUUCCAUUCAUUCCUGUCAGGUCCAAAAGCAUGAGAGAUGUCAGCAGUGUAUGGUUGCACCCUUUCUGGCAUCUGCUAUAUUGA